UAUAGCACCAGGAAAGCAAUUCCACUAUAACAGAUGGCAGCCAACUGAACAUACAUCGAUCUCCUGUUAAAAACAGGAGACAAAACCGUUUCUCUCAGCCUAAGUUGCAGACCAAUCUCGAAGAAAUUUGCACGCUCCAUUCAGUGCUUUAUGGGGUCAAUCCUACAAGUCUGACACAAAGAAAGGCCGAGUUUAGCUGUACGAAACGUUUUCCUGCUACUCAGUGAGGCCGCCCUCUUCACGCUACGUGCCCGACCCCGCUGCAGCAGCUCGGCAUCUCCCAGCGGGAGCCUGGAGCAGGAAACGGGAAGAGGGUCCGGCAAGUGAGGCUCUACUGGGAACCUGCCAGAUCCUACGCUACGUGCGGUGGUAGGAAGGCAGCAGAAAUCCUUGCAACCAUGGAUAAGACAGAAAACAACAAACACAAAAACCCGAACAGGAGCAGCUCCAACACUUCCGACAAACGGCACGCCCAGCCGCGGACGGAGAUAGCCUCCCCACCGCCCAUUGGCAGCACUGCCCCCUCGGCCCAACGGCACCGCCCCUUUCCUCUGCAGCCUAUCAUUGAGCUUCCCCGGGCACACGGCGCCCUGCGGCCACGCUCCUCCUUACCGCCUCCUCUCACAGCCAAUGACCUCACCGAAGAGGCAGCGCUCCUACCCGCGCUGCUCAUUGGCCGCGAGGACCGCCUGUCAGGCAGCUGGCGCCACCCCUCGAGUAAGAGGGAAAACACCCGAGGGACGCGAAUGAACACAAGAUGGCCGCGCUGGCAGGCGGCCAAGUCCCAGGCGGGGCAGCGGCCGCCGCCGCCAUUAGGCCCCCUCCCCUCCGGUAUCCCCUUAUGUCAGGCUAAGAGAGUACCACGCACGGCGCUGGGGCAGCAGCCGCAUCGCCACGACUGCGGUCCCAUCGGCCCCCAGACGGCGGACGGCUCUCACCGAGACUGGACCGGCUCCGGCCUCACGAGGCCCAUAUCCCAGCACAGCGUCUCCGCGCUGGGACAUCGGACCAGAUCAUCCCGGCGCCGCGACGAUCUGCCCUGUCUCCGGGAGCCGUGGGCCGGCCUGCGGUAGCGCUGGCUGCCGCUGCGCAGCGGCUUAUGGAGCUCUAGUGCCCCCACCUCCCCAAAACCGAGCGUUAUUCUUCCCCUCUACCGCUCGCGGAGGUGUUCCCGAACGGGAACCCGAUGCCCCCUCCUUCAUCUCCGUCGCGACGAAGAAGCCCGGACGGCCGUCUCCAUUUAAGAAAAAAACGAUUUUUACCUCAGGAAUUGGCGCCAAACGUGCCCCGGCGGUGCCCCGGGCCCGGGCGGGCCGGCGUUGGUGGCGGUGCCCAGCGGCGGCCCAACCCCCCCCCCACGAGGGGCGGCGGCAGUGGGGGCUUAACGGGGUCCGCGGAGCGGUAGAGGGGGUGGAACUGUGUUAUUGGGAGGGGGGGAGUGUGCGUGUGUGUGAGGGGGUGGUUCUGUGUUAUUUUUCAGGGCCCUGUGAAAGGUCAGAGUUCGUGACCCCGCCUGCUGCCGCCACCCGAGAGCGUUCCAGCGCUUCCUCUUCCCGGCACCACGCCGGCCGCGGCCCCCUCCAUCCUCUCGCGGGGCGGGGCCGAGGAUGGCGACGGGGAGGGGCGGGGCUACCUGAGUUGCUUCGAGCGUUCGCGCCAACGCUCCGACAAGUAGAGCCGGGCCGCAGCCUGCUCGGUGCCGGGGGAGCGGGCCUUCUACGCACGUGCGCGGCAGGUGGCGCUCGUCUCCGAGAGCGCGUUGCGGGCUGCUGCGCGCGUGUACGUCGUACUAAGAUGCUAAAUCAAAAAGAUUUGAUGCUUUAAGGCCACCCUUCAGUAGUCUUGAAUUUUUGUUUAAUUUUAUCUGGCUGUUGUCACUGAUUAGGGCUCCGCCCAGUGGAGCUGGCUGUGAAGAUUGUUCUGUUUCUGAAUGUGUGACUGCAGGUGUGGUCAGGCAUCUUUGCAGCAUACAGUGGAGGUGCUUUAGGAGUUCACCGCUGUUAGGGGCUUGUCAUCUCUGUGGCUAUUGAACGUGAACUCGUGGGCCCAGUUCUGUCAUGUUUGUAGUGGUUUUUUUUUAACCUACGCUUAUCACAAUUAUCCAGCUUAAUUUUAGUACUUCUAGUAAGUUUGAUUUAUGUCUGGUUAAGGACUUAAGGAGUGGUCAGAUAAACGGUAAAGCUGGAAGAUGGGAAGUGACAGUAACUCUUGAAGGCAAGAGUGUGGAAGAGAGAGAAGAUUUUUUCAUAUUUUCCAAAAUGUGGAUAUGUACAUUCCUCCAAAAGAAGACUUUUCAAAGCAUAUUUGCAUAUUUUUUUCUUUGUAAAAUGUAAUUUUAAAGUGUAAACACUUUUUUUUUCAGGAGUGUGAGGGUAAUAUACCUCGAUGAAUUUUCAAUGUCGUCAUAGUACCCUGAUUUGUGAAGUAAGUUAGAUUUUAGGAUAGGACUGUAUUUUUCUUAUUGUAAAUCAAGAAUAAUGAAUUGUGGAGCAGACUCUAUGACCACAGGUUGUCUUUUAAACUGAUAAUUUGAGUGAAAAAUGGCAAUUUAGUGCAUUAAACUUUGAGAUUUACAUCUUUUGGAGCAUGAAAUGUUUACAUGUACUGAGGGACGUGGUUUAGUGGCAAAUACUGUGGGUGAUAGGUGGAUGGUUGGACUGGAUGAUCGUAGAGGUCUUUUCCAACCUUGGUGAUUCUACGACUCUACAGUGUAAGUAAACUUAAAGCAAAUCAUAAUUUUGCCUUUUACUUGCUAUUCUUAAAUAUGUUUAUCAGAACUCUAAUCCGUUUUCAUAUAUAUAUAUUUUUUUUCCCACACCAGUUGUGUUAAUGGUUAGGUAGAAAAGUACUUCAGUCUUCUGGUCAGAGAAUUCUCUUACAGGAUCUAGUACUACUUCUCAGUGAUCAUGUUCAUCUGUGCAGUCUUCAGUGAUAAAUUGUCACAUGCUGAAUAAACAAGAGAGGAGAAGUCUACCAUGAAUAAGGAAGCUUUUAAUUUUCACACUUUCUUUCUGAGCAUCAGAAUAUGUAGAAUGAGGAGGAAGAAGACUACAACGUGUUCAGUGAAAUUUAUGCUUUAUUCAGAAAUAUCUGCAGUUAUUGUUUUCAUCUUCAAGGGAAUAGUGUGUUGUUUUUCCUUGGUAAUGAAAUAUAUUCUAAAUUCAUUUGCUCAGUAGCAAAUUUUCUUGCCUGAGCCUCCUACAAAGGGAGGUCCUGCAUUUCUGUAGCUUUGGACUGUUGACUCCAGGGCUCAUAGAUACUUCACUAAUAAACUUGCACACCCUGCAUCCUUUAUCUGUUUGACAGACAGUCUGGUGGCGUAGGUAGGAAGGUUUCUUCUCUUCCUCACAUAUAUAAUUACAGUUAUGAUUUCUUAGCCUUUUAAGGCAUUCUGCUGCUAAUGUGAUUAAAAAGCCAUCUCUGACUCGUCAUUACAUUUUUUUGAUAUGAACAGAGUUCUCGUUGAAGUAAGUUUGAUAAUUGUCUGAUGCAGGACUGGAAAUAAACGUUUAUGUCUCUGAAGGCCAUCAAGUCUUGUCAAAGAUCCAUAUGUAAUCACGGAUGAUUAAAUAACUGCAGUAUCCUUUCAUUACAUAUUAAUAAUCUGUGGUAGCUCAAAAGAAAAUGGAAACAUUUGCCUCCAUAAACUGAUAUUCCUGGUUUUGACAGAUUCUCUUGGUAUUGCAAUAUAUACUGGCAACCAAGUCCAUGUUUUCUGUGAAAUAAUUGCUGUAGCAGAAAGGAGCAGGAGAUGGGAAAAGACUGGCAAUCACUGGAAUGCUGUGUACAUAAAGUGAACGUGUGCUGAUAAUGAUUUCCAAGCAUGGUAUUUCUUUAUCCUGUUGUGCCUGAGCAUACAGCCUGCUUAGCCACAGGGCUCUCUCUUUUAGAGUUUGUGCACUGUGAGAAUUUUUGUUUGAGAGGAGAUUGCAGUGAAGACUGUGAAGAUUCUGAACGUUUCUUGGGUUGGAACUUAACUGAUGUAGUGGUCAAAAGAGAGGUUUGUUUCUUUCUUUUAGAUCUAUUUAAUGGUAUUGUGCUUUUGAUCAUGUGGCUCUUAUAUAUUUUUGUUAAAGCCUGAGAUCUGAGAUAAUUUGAGAAUUGGGAUAUUCAGUGUAGUUCUGAAUGUAACCAGUAAUUCUGUAUAGUUUUGAAUGUUGUCAGUGAGUGAAUUGGUUACUGUCUUUGCUGGAAGGAAAUGUAGAGAAAUGCUUUAAAGAUGUAUUUUCUUUUGAGUUGCAUGGGAAAUGAAAAUGCAGUAAUGAGAAUUGUAUAUCUUAUUAAAUAAAACCUGCAGAUGCUAUAUUGAAUGUUUUGGACUGUAGCUUGAAAAUAAACCAAAUAAAAUUGGUCAUCACAAUGAGCAAUCACUUUGUGUCAUGAAACAAAAUGCUCCAAGCUGUGAAUUGAUAUCUGUGAGGAUUCAGAGGGGAAAAAAUGUAAUCAGAAGUUAAAACUAUGUGCUUUCAUGGGGGGCUGUUUUGUAAUUUGAUGCAAAUAAAAAUACUGGUAUCUCUGAA